AUGUCAUACCAAGCAGCCACAAUUGUCGCUGCUCCAAACGAGUUUCGGGUGCCGUUCCCACCAUUUGUUCAAAUUUCUAAAGUCCAGUUUCAAAAGGACGGCGGAGGAUCAAAAUUGCUCGUGGCGUCAGGUUGGGAUGGAACAUGCCGCGUAUACGAAGUAGGAAAGCUCGGAGAGUUUUCUGAAAAACUCGUUUUCACACACGGAAAGCCUCUACUGACAUGUACAUUUGCUGGUUACAACAAAGUCGCCUUCGGAGGUGUGGAUCACAAUGUGAAACUUGCCGACAUCGAGACUGGAAAUGGAACACAGCUCGGAUCGCAUGCAUUGGCAGUUCGCUGUCUGGAGUUCAACCCCAUUAGCAGUCUCAUCGUCUCUGGUGGAUGGGAUUCUUCCGUGAAACUGUGGGAUGCACGAAGCUAUGGAAAUGGUGCAGUUGAUUCCGUGAAUGUGUCCAGCAGUGUUUACGCCAUGGAUGUUCUCAAGCACAUGGUUCUUGUUGGAACAAAAGAUCGGAAAAUCUACAUGUUCGAUAGUCGCAAACUCAGAGAGCCAGUGCAAGUUCGUGACAGUCCGCUCAAAUAUCAGACACGAUCUGUUCAAUUCUUCCCAACUGGAGAAGCGUUCGUUGUCUCCUCGAUCGAAGGCCGUGUUGCUGUUGAGUACGUGGAGCAGAACAGCGACCAAGUGAAGAGAAAGUAUGCUUUCAAGUGUCACCGCGAGAAAGAUGCGGAUGGCACCGAACUGAUUCAUCCUGUUCACGCUGUAGCUUUCCAUCCGAAAUUCGGAAGCUUUGCGACUGGAGGCUCCGAUGGAAUCGUGAACAUUUGGGACCCAUUCAACAGAAAGAGAAUCAUCCAAUUGCACAAAUUCGAAACUUCAAUCUCAUCACUGUCGUUCAAUGAGGACGGAACCCAGCUCGCCAUCGCUUCCUCAUAUCAAUACGAGAAGGAAGUUGACCCAUCUCCUGUCCCAAACAAUACGAUUACAAUCCGUCAUAUAACUGAAGCAGAAAGCCGACCGAAGUAA